UUUUUGAUUGGCGUAGGCCAGACUGGUUUGAAAAGUAAAUUCGCGCUUAUGUCUAGGAAUUACAUUGGAAAUUCUACUAUGGAUCCUGAACUUGCUUUCAUACAAGCAAAUUUAGUUUUGGCUAGUCCAGGGAGUCUUUUGAUCGAUCCAUUUUGUGGAACUGGUGGUAUUUUAUUAUCAGCAGCUUAUUUCUGUUCUCACGUGCUUGGAGUAGAGAUUAAAUGGGAUGUAGCCAAAGCAAAGGGAAAAUCAUCAAGAGUUGGGGAGGGUUUUCUUGGAAGCGACCAAUCAGUAAAAGCUAAUUUUUCACAAUAUGGUUUGAAUGAUGGCCGUUAUUUGGGUGUUAUCUUAGCUGAUUCGUCAAAACAUAAAAUGUGGCGACAUUUUGGGUUUUUCGAUGCUAUUCUUGCAGAUCUUAAUCAGCAAAAGCAGCGACACAGAAAUUAUCCAGAAAAACAACAAUAUCAAAUUUCUUCAGUAUUUUUGGAUCUUAUGGAUUUAGGCGUUCGAUUAUUACGUAUUGGUGGUCGGUUGGCCUUUUGGUUUCCAGUGUGUAAAUCAGAGUAUUCAGAGAAGAUUUUGCCCAGAUCCGACUGCCUUCGAUUGGUCUACAAUUGUGAACAACCGUUACAAACGAAUACAGCAAGGCGGUUACUUGUUUAUGAAAAAAUAAAACAUUCUUUGGUCUCGGAAAAUGAUGUUUUGCUCGAGAAGGCUUAUGUCAUUGAUAAUUGUUACAGCAGAGAAUCUUUUCGUGAAAAAAUAUUUAAAAAUUCUAGUUAG